AUGUUGAACAGCUUCCUGGAUGGGAUCUUGUGUUGCCUGACAGGGAAGUCUGCCAAUGUUGUAGUUCCCAUAGAGACUUCAGAGCCAGCCGACGCCUUUGAGUUUGUGGAGGUAAAGCCUGGGAGGGUGUUACGUGUCCGACACAUUAUACCCGAGCGAACUGUGGUUGAGGAACCGGCGACUGGAGAAGGUGGUUCCGUGACCUGUAAGCGGAGAAUCACGGUGUAUCGCAAUGGGCAGCUACUCAUAGACAAUCUGAGCGACUCUGCUCAGGCUGAGCUGUUGCAGGCCCAGAACGGCGAAAAAGACGUCGGUAACACGACGGAGGUGGAGCCGUCCGAAAGCCCGGCCUCUCCGCAGAACCCGAAACCUCCAUCACGACGGCGCCGCAAACCCAAACGGACCAUCAUCAUCGACUGCGAGAGAAAGAUCACCUGUUGCAAAGGCACACACUCGGACGUGGCUCUUUUCUUCAUCCACGGAGUGGGAGGGUCUCUGGACAUCUGGAAUAGCCAACUGGAUUUCUUCUCUCAACUGGGCUACGAGGUCAUUGCACCUGACCUUGCCGGUCACGGGGCCAGCUCGGCACCUCAGAUUCCUGCCGCAUACACUUUUUAUGCGUUGGCGGAAGACAUACGAAUUAUUUUCAAAAAAUAUGCAAAACGGAGGAAUAUUCUCAUCGGACACUCAUAUGGUGUGUCGUUUUGCACGUUUCUGGCCCACGAGUAUCCGGACCAGGUUCAUAAAAUGGUGAUGAUAAACGGUGGUGGUCCCACCGCACUGGAACCCAGUCUGUGCUCCAUCUUCAACCUGCCCACCUGUGUGCUACACUGCCUUUCCCCAUGUCUCACCUGGAGCUUCCUCAUGGCCGGGUUUGCGCAUCAGGGUGUGAAAGAGAAGAGGCUGCUAAAAGAGAACAACGCUUUUAACGUGUCUUCGUUCGUUCUGCGGGCGAUGAUGAGCGGUCAGUACUGGCCUGAGGGCGACGAGGUGUACCACGCUGAGAUCACUGUGCCCAUCCUGCUGGUGCACGGCAUGUACGACAAGUUUGUGCCGAUCCAGGAGGAUCAGCGCAUGGCAGAGAUUUUGCUCUUGGGCUUCCUCAAAGUCAUCGAUGAGGGGAGUCACAUGGUUAUGAUGGAAUGCCCAGACACAGUGAAUACACUCCUACACGAGUUCUUUCUGUGGCAGCCCGCCACGUCCUCCAAACCCAAACAGGACACGAUCAAGACCGCUCAGCCCACAGCCACACCAAACGGGGAGUUACCGCAGCAUGGCGAGGGGAAAGGCAAGAACAAAUAA